AUAGUCGCAAAAGGCAAAACAAAGCUGCAUGAGGCUGCAAAGAGGCAAGCAACAACAAUGGCAGAGGCUUCGCAUCUAACGGGACUUAGCGGAUGCUCACUUAGCUUGCCUCGCAAUUUCCCUCCUUCUCUCAGAAGCUCCUCUUUUCAUUCUCUCGGCUUCCAGAGCUACAGCAACGGAGGCCACAACGGUAGAUGUUUUUGUAUUCAUGACAGAAGAAAUGGCGGUGAUGGCGUCGUUCGGUUCAUGGCUUCUUCAUUUGGGUCGCGGUUGGAGGGGAGCAUUAAGAAAACGGUGUCGGAAAAUCUCGUCGUUAUAUACUCUAAGACCUGGUGCUCGUAUGCUUCGGAGGUAAAGUCAUUGUUCAAACGACUUGGCGUGCAACCGCUUGUUAUCGAAUUGGACGAACUGGGUGCUCAAGGACCACAGCUGCAGAAGAUGCUUGGAAGGCUCACUGGACAACAUACUGUUCCAAAUGUUUUUGUUGGUGGCAGGCACAUAGGUGGUUGUACAGAUACUUUGAAACUAUAUCGGAAGGGAGAACUUGCAGCUUUGCUGUCUGAGGACUGAUGGUUGCACAUAUUAAUGAAUCGAGCUCAGUCACCAGGCUCUGUUCCUCUUUUCAUGUAUAGCUUUUCCUACUGUUGAACCACCAUCCUGACAGUAGCCUGAACACUGGUGCUAGUUUCUUUACUUUUGAAAGCAAUGGCACAUGCAAUGGAGAACAAUUUAGUGAGGCUUUUAAUGUUGCAUUAAAUUGGGUUGAAUUUUUAAUAAGCUUUUCAUUUUUGUAGUUUCAUUUUCGCUCUUCUUUUAUAAUGUUUGCUUAUUGUAGAAAUAUAAGGUGUGGUGUUAUUGUGUAAAAAGGGCACUUUUCACACAUCACUUGUAAUUCAUACAAACAAUAAAGUUGAGUUGGGCAUGAUUAGCCAACUCAGUUGUUCCUUCUA